AGAUUUUAAACUCCCGACAUUCCUACCACUUCCGCUUCCUUUUUGAUUUCCAUCAUGGUGAAGUUGGACACUUACAAACUCUAUGAUAGAGUUGUGGAGGUGGGAAGAGUGGUAUUUAUAGCUUAUGGCCCAGAUCGUGGUAAACUGGCUGUCAUUGUUGACAUUAUUGAUCAGAACAGGGCAUUAAUUGAUGGACCUGCUUCUGGAGUCGUCAGAAAAGAAAUCGGAUACAAAGCUAUUAAUCUAACCAGAUUUAAGCUCCCCAUUCAAAAAGGCAUUUGCACUAAAGCACUUAAAAAAGUAUGGGCUCGAGAAAAGAUGGAAGAAAAAUGGGCUGGAACUGCCUGGGCUAAAAAAUUAGAUAGUCGUCAGAAGAGAGAGGCUAUGUCAGAUUUUGACAGAUUCAAGGUGUUAAAGGCUAAACAAGCCAGAACACGAUUAAUAAAUGAGGAAUUUAACAAAUUGAAAGCUUCAGCAGACUCCUCAAAAACAUCUAAAAAGUCAAAGAAAGCUAAGAAGUAAAUUGUAAAUUUCAAAAUAAAUAUAGAAAAGAACAGAUUUAGUUACUUUUUAAAGUGGACCCAUUUUAUGCUCACAUGGAAUGUGCCUUCACUUGUCUUAGGGUCUUAGAGCUGGGCGAUAUUUGUUUAAGUUUAUAUCAGGAUCACGUUAUGGGUAUAUAAGUUUGUUUUUUACUGGUUUUUGAAAGAAAAUUAUGAACUAGAAAUUUUAAAUGUAGCUUAAAAACAAUAAAUAUCUCUAAAAACACCCCAGUCUGGAAUAUCAUGAAAAAAACACCUGUUUCAAAUAUCAAUAACUUAUUAAAAUUAUGUAGAUGAUCUUAUCUGGACAAAGAUUUUAUGGUGUAUCAGGAUAACUAGUAUAUAUCACCAUAUGGCGACAUUUCGAUAUUUUUGAUUCAGGGAAUAUUAUUAUCAACAUAAAUUCUUACACCGGUAGGUAUUUAUCGUGAUACCCGUAUAUCGCCCAGCCCUAACUUGUCCUUAUCAUUUUUGAGAAAUACUUGCUCCUUUAUACUAUGAUUGCCUAACAUAUACAUGUACCAUAUAUAUUGUAUAAAAGAAGCUCUAUACAACUUUUGUAACAUA